AUGAGUGAAGAAAACGACAAAUUUCCUCUUCAUACCGCCGCAAGGGAAGGAAAUGUUCUCAAGGCAGAAGGGUUACUAAAAACGGACCCAAAGUUAUCAAGGAAGAAGGAUGACGAUGGUCGGUACCCCAUUCACUGGGCAGCCUCAUCAAACAACCUAGAAAUCGUCACAUUGCUGGCUAAUCAGACGAGCUUCGAUCCUGAUGUGCAAGAUGAUAGCGGCUGGACCCCUCUCAUGAUCUCUGCCAGCGUUGCUGACAGCGAGGCGAUCCUAAGAGUUCUGAUUCAAAAGGGCGCAGAAGUUAACGAGAAAACGAUUGAAACUGACGGCACUGCUCUUCACUUCGUCGCGUCCAAGAAGAAUAUGGACGUGGCUCGUCUAUUGCUAGAGUCGAAGCCGCCUGCUUCAACUCGCUUCCGUGACCGACGCGGACAGUAUCCCAUCCACCGAGCGGCGGCAGUCGGUUCCGUGCCUAUGGUUUCGCUACUGCUCAAGAAUAAAAGCCCACUGAAUCCUACAGACGACGAAGGAUUUACCCCUCUGCAUCACGCUAUCGCGGAGGGACAUGGCGAUGUCGCCCUUGCCUUGCUCAAAGAAGGUGCUGAUUUCACAUUGAAGAACACAGAGGAUGUAUUGGCUCUGGAUUUAGCACCUGACAAAGAGGUUCGCCGCUACAUUGUGCAAGGCGCCGAGCGAGAAGGGAUCGACCUAGGUCCGUAG